GGGGUCGGUGCAACUACCGUUUUCCCCCAACCAACCGCGGCGCGCACUAGUUUGUCCUCUCCGGCGUGCCGUCGCCGCGCUGUCACAUGAGCAGGGGGUGGAGCGGCCAUGAUGGCGGAGCCCAUCCAAGCCUGAGAGGCGCGAGUGAGGCAGAUUCAUUAAUCAGGAGGACUUAAAAGAACAUUUAUUGGAAAGACUUCUCAAAGAUGCCUGCUGCCCGUGAUUCACUGCUUGAAGACAUAGAAGAUAUUGUGUCAGCAGAAGAUCUGAAACCACAUGACCGACAGUUUGUAAGAAAAAGUAUUGUUCCUAAAGUGAGAAAACGCAACUUGCAAAAGAAUGUUCAGGCAGAUGAUGAUCCCCCAAGCGACAGCAUUAUUCCUGGUAUACAGAAAAUCUGGAUACGUACGUGGGGUUGCUCUCAUAACAAUUCAGAUGGAGAAUAUAUGGCUGGACAGUUGGCUGCUUAUGGAUACAAAAUUACAGAGAACUCCACAGAAGCAGACUUAUGGCUGCUGAACAGUUGCACGGUAAAAAGCCCAGCUGAAGACCACUUCAGAAACUCAAUUAAGAAAGCCCAAGAAGAAAACAAGAAAGUGGUUUUAGCUGGAUGUGUCCCACAAGCCCAACCUCGUCAGGACUACCUAAAAGGCCUAAGCAUCAUAGGGGUUCAACAAAUAGAUCGUGUAGUAGAAGUUGUGGAGGAAACUAUUAAAGGUCAUUCUGUGAGACUCUUGGGUCAGAAAAAGGAUAAUGGAAAACGGUUGGGGGGAGCGCGAUUGGAUUUGCCAAAGAUUAGGAAGAACCCGCUGAUAGAAAUUAUUUCCAUCAAUACAGGAUGUCUAAAUUCAUGUACAUAUUGUAAAACGAAGCAUGCCCGAGGAGACCUAGCAAGUUAUCCAGUUGAAGAGCUAGUGGACAGAGCCAAACAGUCUUUUCAAGAGGGUGUUUGUGAGAUAUGGCUGACCAGUGAAGACACAGGGGCUUAUGGCAGAGACAUUGGCACAGAUCUCCCUACACUUCUGUGGAAGCUGGUUGAGGUUAUUCCUGAGGGAGCUAUGUUGAGACUUGGCAUGACAAACCCCCCCUAUAUUUUGGAGCAUCUGGAGGAAAUGGCAAAGAUUCUUAAUCAUCCAAGAGUAUAUGCUUUCCUCCACAUACCAGUUCAAUCUGCUUCUGACAGCGUGCUCAUGGACAUGAAAAGAGAAUACUGUGUGGCAGACUUCAAACGGGUAGUGGAUUUCCUUAAAGAAAAGUAAGUCUGUUAAUACUCAAGAA